CUGAGCUGAGCUGAGCUGAGAGAGGAGGAAAGUGAUAGUGCUCUCUGAAGUCUCUUCCCAGUCUCAGUCUCUUACUCUCUUCAACACCAAAUGAGGACUUCCUUGGCAUUGGCUACUGCCGUCUGCUUCCUGCUUCUGUUGCUGACGACCAUGGAGGUUGAAGCCAUCAGGUUGGAUGCUGAGAGCCGUGCCGUGGUCAGCCAGCAAACGGUCAAUAAAUCAAACGAGAACAUGGUGAAGGAUGCUCCUGCUAACUCGUUAGGCGAGACCAAGAGAAGCGUCGCUGGAAAAGAGGUCAGGGCAACAGCGCACAGGCUACCUGAAUUCCACGAAGACUACUACGGCGCUAGUGUUCAUGAACCUAGGCACCACUGAGCGAAACAUCGAUCCCUGCUUGCUCAGCUUGUUCCCUUUGUGCAAAAACAGGCUAGGUACUAGCUAGGCAGUAGCUGUAGGCUGCAAUAGUUACCGUAAUCUGCUUGAUUAGCGAGCAGACAGUUUUAUUUUUUCCUUUUCACAUAUUGAAGGGAAAAGCAACAGUUUUGAUGUACUAACUUCUCGACGAUAGUACUAAACACCGCAAG